AGCAAAAGACAAUAGGAACUUUGGAGCAGGAGAGGCUGUAGUUCCUGCUAUUUUUUUUAUCAAAGUGCUGGAAAAUCUCAUUUGUGAGGCUCAAAAUUUCAAAAAAAAAAAAUUUUCAACCCAAGGAGCCCAUUUCUGCCCACCCUCAUUUUUCCAGAUUUUGGUGAUUGUUAGCCCCCAACAAAAAAAUUAUGCCCCACGAGGGUGUACAAAUCGCCAUUUUCAUACUUUAUAGUGGAUCAGGUCCCACUCAAAAAUUGYAUGUUUUGUUCACGUUCUCAAUCCUAUUCCAUUGUUCUUUUUACUAUUAUUUACUAUUUCUGUCCAAUUCAUAUUCAAUCUAUUUUUCCCAGUCAAACAUUCCGGCAAAUCCCAGCCCCAGUUUAUCCCUUCGGGACUCUGAUCCGAGAUUUCCACUUCCUUUACGUCAUAUCCGGUUCAUACCAUGUUUUGCUCAAGUGUUUGGUCUUCCUGUGUUAAUCCAGCGGUCAAAAGGGAAGUUCAAAAUUCAAAAUGGCGGAAGGAAAGAAGAAUUUUCUUCAGUUCGUCCCCUUGUCUAGCGCUGUAGAUGCCGUAUUUUGGCAUAAACUAAAAGACAACAAGCUAAAUGUCUACCAGCUUGAUGAUAAGCCAAAGGCUUUGCAGGGAUAUUAUGUUAACAGUGAUUUACCAGGAUUACCAUGUCGGCUUAGUAUAGAUUACAAUGCUUUUAAAAUUGGAAGUAUUCCACAAAGAACCUUCCCAGCACAGGGCGAAUUGAUAAACAAAAAUACCAUGGAAGAUUUUAGAUCUUUAGACAAAGUAAAAACAAUAGAAGAAACAGGGAAAAAGAUAUUUGAAUCCAUAACAUCUAAGAGAGUAUUGGAAGACCAAUCACUUUUAUGUCAGUUUUUACUAUUAACCUUUGCAGAUUUGAAGAAAUAUGUUUUUUACUAUUGGUUUGCUUUCCCUGCAUUGUGCUCUGAAAACAAGUCAGAGGUUAUUGGCGAGCCUCAGWCUCUAGACCAAGUGUUCAAUGAAUCACAGAUUACAAGUCUUCAGAGUUCAUGUGAUGCACUGRAUUCUGAUGGAAAGGGCCCUGGCUUCUUCCUUAUCAAAGUGUCUGACAACACAGUAGAAUUAUCUUCUUUGAAAGAAAUUGACCAAUUUAUAGAGACUGAACAACAGUUGAUGGUGGGCUUUUCAGAUCCAUCAACGAUGCCUUCCAAUCCAGGAUGGCAGUUAAGGAACUUUCUCUAUUUUUUGGCUUACCACUGGGGAGACAAACUAACUACAGUAAAAAUACUCUGCUUUCGCGAUCGUUUUCGUGGUGGAAAGAGAGAAAUAAACCACAGUAUUGUGAUCCAUGUCAGUGUUCCUGCAUUAAACAAUAAAGAGUUUCCAAAGUGUAUUGGUUGGGARAAGAACAAAAACCAGAAACUUGGUCCUCGUUUAGUUGAUCUUAGUGCAACUAUGGACCCAGAGAAGUUGGCUGAGUCAUCUGUUGAUCUGAACCUCAAACUAAUGCGCUGGAGACUUUUACCAUCUCURGACCUGGACGUCAUCUCACAGACAAAAUGUCUGUUACUUGGUGCAGGAACUUUGGGUUGCAAUGUCGCUCGUUGUUUACUAGGAUGGGGAGUACGAAAUAUCACCCUGGUUGACAAUGGUCGUAUUUCCUACUCAAAUCCUGUACGUCAAACCUUGUUUGAGUUUGAAGACUGUAAGGGAAGCGGGAAACCUAAAGCAGAGACAGCAGCAAACGCWUUACGCAAGAUAUUCCCCGGUGUUAAUGCCUGUGGUGAGAUGUUCUCAAUCCCAAUGCCUGGUCAUGCCAUUGGUUCGUCUAAAGAGGCUCAAGAUGCUGUUCAGAGAGACGUACAGCGGCUAGAAGCAUUGAUAGAUGCGCACGAUGUGGUGUAUCUUUUGAUGGACACGAGAGAAAGUCGAUGGCUCCCUACUCUGAUAGCAGCGGCUAAAGAAAAAUUGGUGAUGACUUCAGCGUUGGGUUUUGAUACGUUCCUUGUCAUGAGACAUGGUGCAAGAAAGGUCGGUCAACAACCAAUUGAUAUUAGUAGCUCUGGUCUUGGUGCUAUACCCGGGGCAUAUCUUGGCUGUUACUUCUGCAACGAUGUGGUUGCGCCAGGAAACUCAACACGUGACCGCACCCUCGAUCAGCAGUGUACCGUGAGCCGCCCAGGCAUGUCGUUCAUCGCAAGUGCGCUGGCCGUUGAACUUAUGGUAUCGGUGUUACAACAUCCAAACAAAGGUCAAGCUAYYGCYAAUACCAGUGCUAAAGACAGCCAUCUUACAGCUGACUUUGAAACACCUCUCGGUUUGGUUCCUCAUCAGAUCCGAGGAUUCCURUCUCGCUACAGUACAGUUCUGCCAGCAAGUCUUGCAUUUGAUAAAUGUAUCGCAUGCUCUGAUGUGGUUAUUUCAUCCUACAUGAACGAAGGAUUUUCGUUUCUGCUAAAGGCUUUUAAUUUACCAAAGUACUUAGAAGACUUAACGGGACUUACAAAACUYAUGAACGACACUCGAGUUGAGGAGGUUUGGGAAAUGAGCGAUGAUGAAUCGUUAGAGGAAUAGGGACUAGUCACCAGACUGCUAUAGCGAACGUAAAUACAAUAUAAUGAUAUUAUAGUAUUUUUUUCAGAAAAUUUUAUAACUUGCGUUAUAAGUAAGUUUAAGCAGGAAGCAACGAAAAAAACAAAUAUAGUCAAGUGCAUGGCAUUAGACGUUAACAUAAGCACAUUCGCAAGCAUAAGACCGUGCAUAAGACCUGGAAAAAUUAGUGCUAAAGCGUUUUUUAAUCAAUAUGAUUCAAGAUGGAAACUUUUGCUCUUAUCCAGUCACGUUACGCCAUUUCCUGACAAUUUAAGACGUCUUCCAUUGUACAUAAU